UGCAGGGGCAACAGCAGCCGCGUGUUAAAUUAGUCCCGGCACAACGGUCGUUCGUACAACACGUAAGGAAAUCGUUCCGUGAAUUCGCGCAUCGAGUGAUCAAUUUUCAUAACAGAAACGUACAAUCGUUAGUUACUAUUCCCUUCGCAACGGUCGUGUGUGAAACAAUCUUAUGGAAAAGUGUCGCGAAACCAUGUGAACAGUCUCGUUUUAAACAAAAACUAAUUGUACGAAAUUAUACGAAAUUUUAUGAAAUUGUUUCGAAAGGACACAGGGACUAUGAAUCGUAAGUCUAUCAGCUGAAUCUUUAUAAUAUAGAGUAGGGAAGUCUGGAUGGGCUUCGAGACAAUUGGCAAGCUAGUCGAGAACUGGAUCCCAGUCGUAUGAAGGUUCAAGGAGUGAAGAUAAUCAGAAGAAGAGGAAGAUGUUGAUGCUCAGGGUGUUGGUGACGUUGAGCGUCUGCUGGAUGGCCGGGUGCGACUUGCUGGACCUGUACGUCCAGCACAUGGACGAAACGAUGAGGACCUUGGCGUACAGGAACAGACACCACCCGAAGGAUAUCGCGUCCAGGAUAAAGAGGAGCCUGCGAGAGGAGCCUGUGCUCAGGAUAGGCACGUUCAAAAAACAACGUUUGGACGUCGACGAGGCUUGGUACGCGCAAUGGAAGGCAAAGAGGAAGAUCCCUUACAAAGAGGACGGUUUGGACUUUCCUAAUUCGAGGGAAGAGAACCUGGAACCGAAUCAGUACGAGCUACUGAAGAACGGGAGUCUAGUUAUCAGCAGAGAGCCAGAGGAAACGACUACGACGACCAUGAAGAGCAUCGAGACGAUGGGUACUUUCGAUCUUUCGAAAGAAGAGACGUCCAGGUCCAACGACACCGCGUUUCCAUCCGACAGGCACAGUGUAGAACCAGUGCUAGAGUCGCGAGAAGAGACCACUCAGGCGGAUUUCCAAGCUGACGAGGAAAUCGAGGGAAACUCUCAGUUCGAGAUGAUCGGCGAGUCCGAGACGCACUCUCCGAGUUUGUUCGACGAUCCUAUCCUGAAGAGGAUCCCGAAAUCCCGCGAUCGCGUUCCUAAGAAGUAUAUUCCACCGACGAGCAAACUGGCUAAACUGUACCGUGGAUCAAAGUACUUGGAUUUGGAAGAGACCGUGGACAACAGGCCUAAACGAAGCAUCAAGGAGCCAAAGUUCACCAGACGCGAGACGCUGGACGACGACGGCGAGGUUAUCCUUGAAUGGGAUCCCUCCGACGAGGAGAUGGUCACGUUCAAGGUCACCGCGAAAACCUUGGGCUACGUUGGUAUAGGUUUCAACGAGAAGAACCACAUGAAGGGGGCUGAUAUCGUUCUCGCCUGGGUGGAUGAUCUCACUGGCACGGCUAAUCUUCUGGACUCGCACGGGAUCGAGGAUCCAGACGCCGCUCUGGUCACGGACGCGUCUCAGGACGUCAAGGUGCUCGGAGGAUCGCAGAAUGCGACGCACACCAGCGUGAUCUUCUCGCGAAACUGGCAGACAUGUGAUCCACAGGAUCAUCGCCUUACGGGAGACACUAUCCGAGUCCUUUGGGCGUUGCAUCAAACUGAUCCUGAGCUAAACACUGCGAUUUGGCCUGGGGAUAAGCGUGGUGGCAGAGCCCUGAGGUUGAAGACUCCCCCGCCUCAUUCUCCACCGCAGCACACUCAGGACAUAACACACUGGGACGUCAAAUUGCAUCAACCUCCAGUGUCGCAGAACUCGGACACCACCUACUGGUGCAAGAUCUUCAAGGCGCCUCACAAGGAGAAACAUCACAUGAUCGGGUACACACCCUUGGUGGAGAAGGCGAACGAGGAUCUGGUUCACCACAUAAUCCUGUACGAAUGCGCGUCGACCUUGCCAAUCUUGGCACGCCACGCAAGAAUCGUCGGAGCGCCUUGUUACAGUCCCACGAUGCCCCGAGAAUGGGAGUCCUGUUUACAGCCCGUGCUCGCCUGGGCUCGCGGUAGUUCGGGAGAAUGGCUUCCGGAACAUGUCGGUAUUCCCAUCGCGGAACACAGCGAGGGAUCUUAUUAUAUGCUGGAAGUCCACUACAACAAUCCAGGCAUGAAGGAGGUGAAAGACAGUAGCGGAAUAAGACUUCAUCUAACUCCGAAUCUUCGCCCUCAGGAAGCGGGAAUCCUUGUCGCUGGCGUCGCUGUGAGCCCUCUUCAUCUGAUACCUCCUCAACAGAAGGAGUACGCCACGGCUGGAUACUGCACAUCGCAUUGCACAAACACGAUGUUCCCUGAAAGCGGAAUAAACGUCGUCUCAGUGGCGCUGCACUCCCAUCUGGCUGGUCGUCGUCUGAGCCUGAAGCACAUACGCCAGGGCAAGGAAUUGCCCAGGAUCGUCGAGGACAAUCAUUUCGACUUCGAGUACCAGCAAUCUCACACUCUCGAGAAGGAAGUGAACGUUCUUCCUGGCGACGAGCUGGUCGCUGAAUGCGUUUACGGCACCCUGGACAGGACGAAACCAACUUUAGGAGGGUACGCCGCAUCGCAAGAGAUGUGUCUGGCGUUCGUGGUGCAUUAUCCAAGGACGCCGUUGGCAACUUGCUACAGUAUGACACCUGUCAAGGACCUGUUCAAGACCCUUGGUGUGCACAGCUUCAGGGGAGUCACCAUGGACCAUUUAGAGAAACUGUUCCUAACUACCAGAACGGAAGCUACAACCAUUCCUGCGACGAACCAACAGCAAUUGCCCAUUUAUUCUGCGAUAAGGCCUACAGAAGAAGUCGACGAGGACCUUCUCAAGGAAGCAAAGUCAGCGUUGAGGGCCAUGAGGGAUUACACGGUAGAACACGAAAACGAUAAUGUUUUCACGCGACUCGUCAUCGAGGAACCUGAAGAGUUCAGAGGUCGAACUCUGGCUGAACACAUACUGGCGUUACCCUGGACCGAAGAGCUUCUUUCGAGAUCUAUCGAGUGGAGUCUAUAUCAUGGCAGGCACAUGACAUUCUGCAGGAAAAGGGACGACAAAUUAGCCCUGCCAGCAGAUAUCCAAACAUUCCCAAAUUUCACGGCCCUUCCGGAAGUAAACGAGACAACGUGCGAAGAGAUCAAACUCCUAUCCGGCGCGACGAGGAGCUCGUUCUUUGAUUUAGCGGCAUUCCUUACUUUCGUGAUCGUGACGAUCCUUGUUUCAUAAAAGUUCCGAUGACUUCUGAAAGAAGCGACUCGACAUCGAACGAAAUGGCGUUGCGAUCAAGGAUGGGCAAAAUUUAAUUCGAAUAAUAGAUAUCGAAUUCAACGUAUAUUUAUUCUCAACACUUAAUCGAUCGAACGGUUACAGUUUUAUUCGUUGUUUUAUAUUGUAAAAUAUUCCAUUUUCUAAUUUAAAUUUUAACUUUAAUUCAAAAAGUAACGAAUUAACGUUCGUGUAGGUUUUUAUCUUUUAUUCGUUAUGCGAACUUUGUAUCUAGAUAAGAAUUUUGACCAUCUCUGUUCGUUACCAAACACUGUACAUUAAUUAUUGAACAUAUCCGUCUUAAGAAUCACGUGGCUGUUUGAAACAGACUGACAAUACGAUCAAAAAGUUGGAUUCACAAUGGACGAUUUCUCUUCCUGCAACGGAAGACGACAAAAUUUUCGAAAAAUUUUGACUGUCCAAGUACGAUUUAUAUAUAGAUAUAUAUAAAUAUAUAAUAUAAUAUAAUAUAAUGUACAUAACGUAUUUAUAAGGUGCACGCGUUACGGAGCCUUACCCCCCGUAUUUUAUAUGGAUUUUGUAUAAAAAAAUAAACCAGUCUGUAAAAACUGUA